AUGAUAAAAUAUUUGCUUCUUAUUAGCCGUCAAGGCAAGUUACGCCUAGCAAAAUGGUAUGUGACUUUUUCAAAGAAGGAAAAAGCUAAAAUUGUACGUGAAGUUUCUCAACUUGCUUUGGGCCGUUCAGUUCGGUUUUCAAAUGUUCUGGAGCACCGAGGUUCUAAAUUUAUUUGCCGUCGUUAUGCUUCACUCUACUUUAUUGCUUGUAUUGAUAAAGAUGAUAAUGAGUUGAUUACCCUUGAGAUUAUUCACCACUUUGUGGAAAUCUUAGACCGCUAUUUUGGUAACGUUUGUGAAUUGGAUCUUAUCUUUAACUUUCAUCGAGCUUAUUUUGUGUUAGAUGAAGUGAUGCUGGGUGGCGAAUUAGAAGAUAGUAGCAAACGAAUGAUUUUAAAGUAUGUUCAAACGCACGAUAGUAUGGCAGAAGAAAGUGAACAGUCGGGAUCAAAUGGUGCCGCAGCUGCUUUGGCAGCCACAGUUGGAGCACUGAGGAGUUCUUAG